CCGACGCCAUGUAUCGCUCGCUACCUCUUUUCCGCCGUUUUUAUUGUGUGGCCCUCGCUGUCGAGUCUCAGUUCCGAAGCGUUCGUCCGCAGAGGUGUUUCUACAAUCAGCCCCAGCAACGAGGAAUGGUAGGACUUCUCUAUGUCUCUUUUCCUAUGUCAGCGACUUUCCAGCAUGGCCGACUUCUUGUUCAUUCUCUGCAGCCGUCCCCCUUUUCCUAUCACAGCAAAUUGACUACCAAACAAAUGAUGAGUACCAGGACAACAUUUCCACAUCAAAAUAUGUCGACUACCAAAUUCAACGAGUUUUGAAGCAGUCGAAGUACCGAGGCUAGUCAGUCAUCGUUUAGAGUUGAAUAUGAUACUUUUGGUGAACUCAAUGUUCCAAAUGACAAGUAUUAUGGUGCACAGACUGUGAGAUCUACAAUGAAUUUUAAGAUUGGUGGUGCAACGGAACGGAUGCCAGUUCAAGUAAUAAGAGCUUUUGGUAUCUUAAAACGAGCAGCUGCUGAAGUAAACCAGGAUUAUGGCCUUGAAGCUAAAAUUGCUAACGCCAUUAUAAGUGCAGCAACUGAGGUAUCUGAAGGUAAAUUAAAUGAUCACUUUCCUUUGGUGGUGUGGCAGACUGGAUCUGGAACUCAGACUAACAUGAAUGUUAAUGAAGUCAUCAGCAACAGAGCUAUUGAGAUACUAGGUGGUAAACUGGGGAGCAAGGACCCAGUGCAUCCCAAUGAUCACGUUAAUAAAAGCCAGAGCUCAAAUGAUACAUUUCCCACUGCAAUGCAUAUUGCCGCAGCAUUGGAAGUUCAUGAAGUGCUGUUACCAGGGCUACAGAAGCUCCAUGAUGCCCUUGAUGCCAAGUCAAAGGAAUUUUCUAAAAUUAUUAAAAUUGGACGUACUCAUACACAGGAUGCAGUUCCUCUUACCCUUGGCCAGGAAUUCAGUGCUUAUGUGCAACAAGUUAAAUAUAGUAUCAUAAGAAUCAAAUCAGUCAUGCCAAGAGUCUAUGAACUGGCAGCUGGUGGCACUGCAGUUGGCACAGGACUGAAUACAAGAAUUGGUUUUGCUGAGAAGGUUGCAUCUAAAAUAGCUGCACUUACAAGUUUGCCCUUUGUUACAGCUUCAAACAAAUUUGAAGCCCUUGCAGCUCAUGAUGCCUUGGUUGAACUGAGUGGUGCAAUGAAUACUGUGGCUUGUAGCCUAAUGAAGAUAGCUAAUGAUAUUCGUUUUCUUGGAUCUGGUCCACGAUGUGGUUUAGGAGAACUUAACUUGCCUGAAAAUGAACCUGGAAGUAGUAUUAUGCCAGGAAAAGUAAAUCCUACUCAGUGUGAGGCCAUAACUAUGGUAGCAGCACAGGUGAUGGGAAAUCAUACUGCUGUUACAGUAGGAGGUAGCUGCGGUCAUUUUGAAUUGAAUGUCUUUAAGCCUAUGAUCAUUAGAAAUGUGCUACAUUCUGCACAGCUCUUAGGAGAUGCCUGUGUCUCUUUCACUGAAAAUUGUGUAAUUGGAAUAGAAGCGAAUACAGAAAGAAUAAAUAAGUUAAUGAAUGAAUCAUUAAUGUUGGUGACUGCCCUUAAUCCCCACAUUGGGUAUGACAAAGCAGCCAAGAUUGCCAAAACUGCACAUAAAGAAGGGAUGACAUUAAAAGCAACUGCUAUCAAACUUGGAUUUCUUACAGCAGAAGAAUUUGAUCAAUGGGUAAAGCCAGAAAAUAUGCUGGGUCCUAAGUGAUGCUACUGUGUGAUAAAACAGAAAAAAUAAAUAAAUUAUAUAAAUAAAAUGUUUGUUGUCCAAAA